AUGAGCUGUCGCCGGUUGCAGUUGCUGCUCUUGCUGGGCUGCUGCCUGUGUGCGGCGCAAUCUGCGCAGGUUUACAUGGAGUUCAAUGGCCAGAAGUACGCCUACAAUACGGACGCAGCUGUCCGAGUUAGCGAUCUGUCGCCCAACUAUGAGCUGCCCGGGCAGCAGUCACCGCCCAGAUCUCAUCAAUUGGCUGCCAGCAAUUUCCGGAAUCGCAUCUCCCACAGCAAUCAGCCAUGGGGUUGGGUGCAACCACAACGUGGACCGCCCGCUCCGCCGCCUCCUGCACCUCCUCCUGCACCUCAGCACCAGCCCCUUGGUAUUGACUUUAGCACGCAGCACAUGUCGCAUACGCAGCACACGGAUGACUCUGGCAUUGUGCUGGGCAAGUAUUCGUACUGCGAUGACGCUGGCUAUCACGAGCUCAGCUAUAAGGCUGGCGCUGGCAUUGGAUUCGUGGUCAUGGGCGGCAAUUUGGCAAAGCCAACGGAACAAGCGCAUAGUCAACGAGUUGCCAACUUGCAUAGUUAUUGA